UGCCAGCAGUGCGGGUCCAGAGAACAGACCUAACAGCGCGGUGGAAGCUUGUGUUCUCCCCUCCAGUCCGCGUUCCCUCCUGGGCCGGGCUGUCAUUCUUGCUUUCCCGGUCCCUAAUGGCGCUGCUCCGACGCCCGACGGUGUGCAGUGAUUUGGAAAAUGUUGACAAAGAAAUUAAUUCUAAAACUAAGAGUCAUGUGACUGUCAGACGGGGAGUUUUAGAAGAAAUUGGAAAUAGAGUUACAACCAGAGCAGCACAAGUAGCAAAGAAAUCUCAGAACACCAAAGUACCUGUUCUAACCACCAAAACAACAAAUGUCAAGAAACAACUAAAACCAACUGCUUCUGUGAAACCAGUACAGAUGGAAGUGUUGGCUCCAAAGGGUCCAUCUUCCACACAUGAGGAUGUCUCCAUGAAGGAAGAGAAUUUGUGCCAAGCUUUCUCGGAUGCUUUGCUUUGCAAAAUUGAGGAUAUUGAUAACGAAGACUGGGAGAACCCUCAACUCUGCAGUGACUACGUUAAGGACAUCUAUCAGUAUCUAAGACAGCUUGAGGUUCUGCAAUCCAUACACCCACGUUUUUUAGAUGGAAGUGAUAUCAAUGGACGGAUGCGUGCCAUCUUGGUGGACUGGCUGGUGCAAGUCCACUCCAAGUUUAGACUUUUGCAGGAAACACUGUAUAUGUGUGUUGCUAUUAUGGAUCGCUUUUUACAGAUUCAGCCAGUCUCUCGUAAGAAGCUUCAACUGGUUGGGAUUACAGCUCUGCUCUUGGCUUCCAAGUAUGAGGAGAUGUUUUCUCCAAAUAUUGAAGACUUCGUUUAUAUCACAGACAAUGCAUAUACCAGUUCCCAAAUCCGAGAAAUGGAAACUCUAAUUUUGAAAGAAUUGAAAUUUGAGUUGGGUCGACCCUUGCCCCUACACUUCUUGAGACGGGCGUCGAAAGCUGGGGAGGUUGAUGUUGAACAGCACACUUUAGCCAAAUAUUUGAUGGAGCUGACUCUUAUUGACUAUGACAUGGUGCAUUAUCACCCUUCUAAGGUAGCAGCAGCCGCUUCCUGCUUGUCUCAGAAGGUUCUAGACCAAGGAAAAUGGAGCUUAAAGCAGGAAUAUUACACUGGAUAUAAAGAGAAUGAAGUAUUGGAAGUCAUGCAGCACAUGGCCAAAAACGUAGUGAAAGUAAAUGAAAACUUAACAAAAUUCAUUGCCAUCAAGAACAAGUAUGCAAGUAGCAGACUCAUGAAGAUCAGCACGAUUCCUCAGCUGAACUCCAAAGCCAUCAAAGACCUUGCCUCACCUCUCAUGGGAAGGCCCUAGGCUGUGGCCCUCGGG